ACACACACACGCACACACAGAUAGAGAGAGAGAGCUGCGAGCAUCCUGUGUUGCCUGCGGCCCGCGUCCAGUCGAAGCUGAAAAUACUGUUGACAAAUCGAAAGAAAAAGACGCCCAAAAAGCGGCAACAUGCUGGCCGACUCGUAUCUGAUAAAGUUUGUGCUGCGCCAGCUGCAGAUGGAGCAGCAGGACGCACAGCAUCUGCUGCUGGUCUUCCUCAGCUUCCUGACGCUGAUCAGCCUGCUGCAGUGGCUGCUGCGCCACUAUCGCGAGCUGCGCAAGCUGCCGCCCGGCCCCUGGGGCCUGCCGGUCAUCGGCUAUCUGCUCUUCAUGGGCAACGAGAAGCACACGCGCUUCAUGGAGCUGGCCACCAGAUACGGUUCGCUCUUCUCCACCCGCCUCGGCAGCCAGCUGACCGUCGUCAUGAGCGACUACAAGAUGAUACGCGAAUGCUUUCGCCGCGAGGAGUUCACAGGACGACCGGAUACGCCGUUCAUGCAAACGCUCAACGGAUACGGCAUCAUCAAUAGCACCGGCAAACUGUGGAAGGAUCAGCGUCGCUUUCUGCACGACAAGCUGCGCCAGUUCGGGAUGACCUACAUGGGCAAUGGCAAGCAGCAGAUGCAGAAGCGCAUUAUGACGGAGGUGCACGAGUUCAUCGGGCAUUUGCAUGCGAGCGACGGGCAGCCAAUUGACUUGUCGCCGGUCAUCUCGGUGGCGGUCAGCAAUGUGAUCUGCAGUCUGAUGAUGUCGACGCGCUUCAGCAUCGACGAUCCAAAGUUUAGGCGCUUCAAUUUCCUGAUCGAGGAGGGCAUGCGUCUCUUUGGCGAGAUCCAUACCGUUGACUAUAUACCGACGCUGCAGUGCUUCCCGAGCAUCUCGACGGCCAAGAACAAGAUAGCCGAGAAUCGUGCCGAGAUGCAGAAGUUCUACCAGGAUGUAAUUGAUGAGCACAAGCGCAGCUUUGAUCCCAGCAAUGUGCGCGAUCUGGUCGAUUAUUAUCUGUGCGAAAUCGAGAAGGCCAAGGCCGAUGGCACCGACGCGGAGCUCUUCGAUGGCAAGAAUCAUGAGGAGCAGCUGGUUCAGGUGAUCAUCGAUCUGUUCUCGGCGGGCAUGGAGACCAUUAAGACAACCCUGCUGUGGAUAAAUGUGUUCAUGCUGCGCAAUCCCAAGGAAAUGCGACGCGUCCAGGAUGAGCUCGAUCAGGUUGUUGGUCGCCAUCGAUUGCCCACUAUUGAGGAUCUGCAAUAUCUGCCCGUCACCGAGUCAACGAUACUCGAAUCUAUGCGCCGCUCCAGCAUUGUGCCAUUGGCCACCACACAUUCGCCCACAAGAGAUGUGGAACUGAAUGGCUAUACCAUACCGGCCGGCUCGCACGUCAUACCGCUGAUCAACAGCGUGCACAUGGAUCCCAAUCUGUGGGACAAGCCCGAGGAGUUUCGCCCGUCGCGCUUCAUCGAUACGGAGGGCAAGGUGCGCAAGCCGGAAUACUUUAUACCGUUCGGUGUCGGGCGGCGCAUGUGCCUGGGCGAUGUGCUGGCCCGCAUGGAGCUGUUCCUGUUCUUCGCCUCGUUCAUGCACUGCUUUGACAUUGCGCUGCCCGAGGGCCAGCCGCUGCCCAGCCUCAAGGGCAAUGUCGGCGCCACCAUAACGCCCGAGUCCUUCAAGGUCUGCCUGAAGCGCCGUCCACUGGCGCCCACCGCCAACGAGCCGCAUCAUCAGCGCAACGUCGGCGCCAAUUGAGCGCUCCGAGGGCUCGCAGCCACAGAGCACGGUUUUGUUCCUAGACACGUUCUUUUUUUUAUUAUUAUUAUUAUUAUUAUCAUUAUUAUUAUUAUUAUUAUAUUUGAAUAGCUCUUAAGUUGAAAAAAUAAUUAAUUAGGCAAUUCGCGCAUUAAGUUUGAGUUUAAGCUAGGAUCUAGGUUCAAAGUUUUCAAAGGCUAACAACAACAAGAAGAGCCUGUCAGCAACAGACAGAUAUAGCUAUAUACAUAUAUAUACAUAUACAUAUAUAUUUUAAUUCGUCAUGCAUACACAUACACACUUAUGUGUGUGUGUGUGCGUGUGGGUGUAUUUAGUUAUGUUACGAAGCAAACAAAUUCUAUUCUUUCAACCCCAAGAAGCUGUGUUCAGUUAAUUAAUAUUUAAAUUUGUAAUCGAUUAAUUAGCAAUUUAAUUAGACAACUUGUAAUAUUGUGUUUAUAAACAUGCAUAUACAUACAUACAUAUACAUAUACAUAAACAUAUAUAUAUGAAAAUUUUUUUGUCUUAGCCUUAAUUAGCUAGUUGAUGUUUUUGUUAAUUUCAUAUUUAGCCUUAAGACAACAAACAACAAAACAAACUGUGGUUUAGUUUUAUGCACACAACACACAAAACAUAGGCAAAAACAAUUUCUGAAAUUCAAAUAAUAAACGAAUUAAUAAAAGAAAA